AACUCGGUUGCCACUGCGGAGCGACGCAGGCGGUUUCUCAAUCUCCUUCGCGCUGCGCUUCUCGUCAUCAAUGGAGCUCUGCGGCAUAAGCUUCCGAACUAUUCUCCAUUCCAACCCAUUUCCGCCUCGUCUCUCUUCCUUUUCUUUUACUUCUUUUCCUUUGCAAAAUUCCCCAUUCCAGGCUAAGCCUAAGGCCUUCAAUUCUUUGAAGCAUCCAUCUGUCUCUCCCCAAAUUCAACUCUUCCAGCUCGCCUUACAUCGUCAGAACUUGUGUCGCCUUACAGUUUCAGCUUCUUCGUCUUCCUCCUCUUCCGUCGCUGCAGACACUGAAAUAGACCGGCUCCCCGCGGAUUUAAAUGUCAUCGAAACUGAAGAACCCAAUUCCAGAGUCAAAUUGCAGGUAGAAGUUCCACCUUUGGUAUGUGAGGAUUGUUACAAAAUGGUUGUAGCUGAGUUUACUAAACAGGCAAAGGUUCCUGGCUUUCGCCCUGGAAAGGUCCCAGAGAGUAUCCUUGUAAAUUAUGUUGGCAAGAAAAAUGUUCAAAAGGCUACAGUUGAAUCUAUUUUGAGGAGGACACUUUCACAUGCCAUGUUGAAGGUUACUGGAAAGGCUUUGCAGGACUCAAUACGUAUAGUAACUAAAUUUUCUGAAUUGGAGGAGACGUAUUCUUCUCUCGGGUCUCUAAGAUAUGAUGUCAUAGUUGAUGUUGUACCUGAAAUCAAGUGGAUUACUGAGAAUGCAUAUAAAAAUUUGAAGAUAGUUGUUGAAAUAGACAGUGAUAUAGAUCCUCACAUAGCAUCUGAACAAGAAUUAAGAAGACGUCACAAUUCCACUGGUCCAAUGAAAAUUGUUACUGACAGAGGGCUACAGAUUGGUGAUGUUACUGUCCUUGAUAUCUCAGCAACAACAAUUGAUCAAGAUGAAUCAAAAAUUAAAAAUAUUCCUUCUGCUGAAAGUAAAGGGUUUCAUUUUGACACGGAUGAUGGUGACAAAGUACUACCUGGUUUCGUUGAUUCGAUUGUGGGGAUUUGUCCAGGUGAAACAAAGUCAUUUCCCCUAGUAUUUCCUGAAUCAUGGAGGCAAGAAAAUCUCCGUGGCAUUCAUGCACAAUUUACUGUUACUUGCAGAGAACUUUUUUACAGAGAUUUGCCUGAGUUAAAUGAUUCUAUUGCUGAUAAGCUUCUUCCUGGUUGCACAACAGUGGAGCAAGUCAAAGAAAUAUUGUUGCAGCGAUUUCUAGAGGUGGAGCAGACGGCUCAAGAUCAAGCAACUGACAAUGCUAUCCUAGAUCAGCUUUCUAAGAUGGUGGAGGUUGAUAUCCCUCAAUCCUUGUUUGAGGAACAAGGUAGACAACUUUAUGGAGCCAACCUAUUAGAAAUUCAGGCAAAAGUAAAACUAACUGAACAGCAGUUGGCUUCUCUGUCAAGUCCAAAGGCCGUGAAUGAAUAUCUCGAACACCAAAGAGAUAAUAUAACAAAGUUGAUAAAACAGAAUCUGGCAGUUGGAGACAUAUAUCGUCGUGAGAAUUUGCAGUUUGCUACUGAGGAUCUUGUCAAUGAGGUUGAAAAUUCCAUAGCUGAAUUUAAGCGUCAAAAGCAAGAAUAUGAUGAAGAACGGGUGAAGGAUCAGGUGCAAGAGAUACUAGAAGGAGCUAAAGUGCUUGAAUGGGUAAAAGAACAUGCAGAGAUUCAAUACAUAACCCGAUGAAGCGUGAUGCAUCGUCUGAGAAAAUAAUGUUAAAUUUGGCUGCUGCCAUGUAGUUGUAUAAAUUUAAAUUAGAAUUUCUUGAUUGUAUUCUUGGAGAAAGAAUAUAGAAUGGGGUACAUAGUACGAGUUUGUAUUAUGUUUCGGCUUCGAUGAUAGUCUUUUAUGGGGCUAAGUUCUGAAAACGUGACCGAUUGAUUGUA